AUGACAAUCCUUGGCCAACAAAUCCUAUUCACCUCUGCCGAUGUGAAAUCCAAUUCAACCUUUUUCCAAGAAUUUGCAAUGGUGGCCCAAAACGGUUCAUUGGAUAUUUUCAUGAAUAUUACACAAGACUUUCCACAGGAUCCGUGGAUUAGCAUGGCGAUAUUAAUGAAGAUCCCUAAUAAGACCGAGCAUCGUAAAUUGCUGCAAUACAAUGUGAAUAUGUGUAAAAUACUGAGUAAAAAUGAACGCAGCUUGAUCUCGAUAUGGCUGCAGAAUAUCUUCAAACUGGGUGAUAUACCGAAAAAAUGUCCCAUCAUAGAGGGUUACUACACUUGGUGUGGCUUGCGACCGGAGAUGUUAAACAUACCGCCAUUCUUUGCUCGCGGUGAAUAUUGUGUCAAAAUGGAAUUAUAUUUUCGCCAAAGGAAACCAAAACUAUCUCUAGCCAAUAUGACAAUUAUUGUUGAGAAAAAAUGA